GAGAACUAACAACAUACCUAGAGUUAGCUUAUUUACGCAUAGCGUUAUCCUAUCUUUGAACAAUUCUGGCGAGGAAGAUAUUUUAUGUGGUCCGUUAAACUGACAUCAUCAUUUCAAUUCUAUUGUAUUUAUGUAGGAGCAACGAAGUCCAGCUGCGAAGAGAGUACUGCAAAGGUUGGUGCUUCAUAUGCAUCAGAGUGUGAGGACCUGGCAAUAGCAACAAAUCCCAAAAGAGGAAAAGAAAAUGAAGAAGUAAAAGAUGAGGCAACAAAUCAUGUCCAAAUUGCAAGAGAGUCAAGGGCCAAGGCAAGAGCAAGAGCUAGAGAAAGAACAAUCAAGAAAAUGUGGAGCGGAAUUGAAAAUAGCCACAGAUCAUCAGCUAAUUCUCAGAUAAUAUCUAAUUUAUUUGGAAAGAAGGAUAUUAGGGAAAUGGAAGAACAAGUUUGUAAGAACAAACUACAAGCAAGUGAAGGAGCAAACAAAGAGACAAUUAGGGGAUCUGGAGCUACCAAUAUUAAGAUCAAGCCUUCUUUAAUCUUGGGUUUUCACCCUAAUCUCUGUGCUCCAAUAGAGUCAGGUACCUACUAUGGUAGCUCUUCUUCCAACAACGGAAACUGGGACAUCUGUAGAAAUUUGGUGAAAUCAACUGAAAUUGCUGCUAUGACCACAGUCACUUCCUCACCACAAGGACCUCACAGUCGCUAGAGACCAUGGGACUCAUAUCACAGCAGCCAAAUCUAAUAUGGGGAAAAUGUAAGCUAAGGUUUCGUAUGUUUGUUUCUUUCUCCCUACCUUUCUCUGUGGCCGCAGGUAAUGGGUGUAUAAGUCUUUAGCACGGGCAGAUCUAAGAUUUAGAUUUGUUAAAAUUAUACGCUGCCCUAUAAAUCCCAGAAGGGAUGAGAUGAGGACAGGGUUAUAGCUCAUAUUUAUUCUUGGAUUUACUUUAUAUGCUCUUAGGAAUUUUUGUAAUAUCAAUGUA